UGUCAACAAACAUGAAUAUACAUUUCGUUACACUACCGAAACGAAACGCAAUAUAAUAUUUCGGAGUCCACACUAAUAUUAACAUACAUAAGAUAAAGUGACACUUCAUGUGAAUUCAUAUCCACCCAUAUUAAAAAAUGUGCUGUGGCUGUAACAGGAGAAUACGCUCCCAAGUUGACAUCAUGUCACAUACAUGCUACAGGGGGACAUUUAGACGGUGGUGUUUUGCACACAAUAGCCUACUUGUUGGCGCACCUUCCUCUCAAGCCUUGACACUGAAUGCAUGCACUCUCUUGUAGUCUUCACUGAGAGAUACAGGUAAGUUUUCAGAUCUUGCAGGUAUAUUCACGGUUUCGUUUGCGUUCAAUGUGCAGAUUUGUUUUAAAAUGCAUAAUUGUCUGUUUUACAGUAUUCUUACAAGACAAGGCGUGUGUUCAACAUUUGUGUUAGAUGGCAUCAAAAGAACGCUUCCUCGAGCGACGUGUCGGCUCAUGCCGGAUGAUAGAUAUCCUCAUGGCAACGACACUUGGGGUAACAACGAUUAUUGCAGUCAUACUGAUUGUCUCAGUAACUUCGUCUGCUGCAACACCACCCAAGGAAACGUACACAGCUCCAACAUCAUCUGACGACUGUCUCGACGUGGCUGUGAUUGGCGGAGGCAUCGGGGGCGCCUACACAGGCUGGAGACUGAGGGACAGAGGCCUCUCUAUCUCUGUGUUCGAGUACUCCGACCGAGUUGGGGGCAGACUGUUCAGUACCGAACUGCCUGUUGCACCAGGGACGUACCUUGACUUCGGAGGGAUGAGAUUUAAGAAGAGAGGCCACCCUAUCUUAACCAGAACAGCGACAGAGAUAGGUCUCAGAAUUAUUCCCUUUCCCCUCAGAUAUGGGAUUCCAGAUGAGACGAUCUGGUACGCUCGUGGCAAGCACAUGCGCAAUACUGACUUCGGAACAAGUCGCAUGCCCUAUGACCUUCCCGCAAAUGAAAUGAAGGUUCCUGGUGUAUUGAAAUGGUAA